CCUCCCAAUGAUCGUAGUGUAACGUGUAAACGUAACAUUCGUCGAAUCUACCGGCCGCAAAGUAUUGAUACUUUUGAUCUCGUACCAGAAACAGUUUUAGCCUGAUAUUUAUGACGUUGCCACAGUCAUGCAGAAAGGAUUUUAUUUUCUAUUCAUUUUGGUUACUUUUCUUGUGAGGGUUGAAUCCAAGCAGAACACAAAGGCAAAUGCCGUGGAAGAAGUUACAGAUGUUAAAGAUUUCAAAAAAAUUCUAAGGACUAAAAACAAUGUUUUAGUCUUAUUUUACAGUUCUCAGAAAUCAGCUUCAAAUAUGCUCAAAACGUUCAAAGAGGCUGCUGAAAUUGUCCGUGGGCAAGGAACCAUGUUAUUGGUCGAUUGUUCCGGUGAUAAAGAUAAAAAGCUCUGUAAGAAAUUAAAAGUCAAUCCUGACCCAUAUGUAUUAAGACAUUAUAAAGAUGGCGAAUUUCAUAAAGUUUAUGACAGAAAAGAAACUGUCAAUAGCAUAGUCAAUUUUAUGAGAGACCCAACUGGAGACCUACCAUGGGAAGAAGAGUCUUCAGGUGUUGAUGUUCAUCACAUACCAGAUUAUCAGGCUUUAGUUAGACUAUUGAAGAAAGAGAUGGGACCUGUAAUGAUAAUGUUCUAUGCCCCUUGGUGUGGUUUUUGUAAACAAUUAAAGCCGGAAUACAGUGCCGCUGCUACUUCACUUAAAGGAAAGGCUGUUAUGGCAGCAAUAGAUGUCAACAGGCCUAAAAAUGCGAUGGUCAGAAUGAAGUUCAACAUAACAGGAUUUCCGACUCUGUUAUACUUUGAGAAGGGUGAGCUGAAAAUGACAUACGAGGGCGAAAACAAGAAAGACGAUUUAAUAAAUUUCAUGAACAAUCCCACCGCUCCUCCUGUAAAGCCUAAAGAAGAAGAGUGGUCGGAGAGUGAUAAUGACGUCAUUCAUUUAACGAGUGAAACAUUUAAACAAUUCGUUGAAGAAAGUGCUUCGAUAUUGGUAAUGUUUUAUGCACCAUGGUGCGGCCAUUGUAAGAAGAUGAAACCAGAAUAUGAAAAGGCAGCAAAAACACUUAAGGAUAGCAAUUCUGAUGGAUUAUUGGCUGCAGUGGAUGCAACUAAAGAAAAAGAUUUGGCCAAACAAUACAACGUCAAGGGCUACCCGACAGUUAAAUAUUUUAAAAACGGCGAAUUCCUUUGGGAUCUUCCUUCUCUAAGGGAAGCCAGUAAAAUAGUAAGUUUCAUGAAGGAUCCAAAAGAGCCUCCGUCUCCACCUCCGCCACAGCCCGAUUGGGAAGAAGAAGAAUCAGAAGUUUUAUUUUUAAAUGUCGAAAACUUUAAGCAAACUUUAAAGAAAAAGAGGCACGUGUUGGUCAUGUUUUAUGCUCCUUGGUGCGGUCACUGCAAAAAAGCCAAACCUGAAUUUAGCGCUGCAGCCGAAGAACUUAAAGAUAACAUGAAAGUUUCAUUUGCAGCGUUAGAUUGCACUAAACAUCAAGCUGUUUGUUCUACAAUGGAAGUUAAAGGCUAUCCUACAUUCAAAUAUUUCAAUUACUACGAUAAAAAUAAACAAGAAUAUUCUGGUGGAAGAUUGAAAAAUGAUUUUAUUGCAUUUAUGAAAAAAAUGGAAAACGGUGAUCAACCACCUGUCGUUAAAGAAGAAAAACAGAAAAGUUAUUGGGAUGGAUUUCUCGCAGCUGAAAAAAUCGUUGACGUUUGUGAUCCUGCAUACAAGAAUAUAGUUCAAAAUGCCCAGACGUUAUUAGUACUUGUUCAUGACGGAACGAAUGCAGAUGUUAAGCUGAAAGAGUCUUUUGUUGCCCUAGCGACUGAAUAUCCUAGUCUAGCAACUUAUGGAUCCUGCGAUGCUAGGAGUAACAAACAAUUUGUCAUUGAGAAUAAGAUUCACUCUUUCCCAUCAUUGAAACUCUUCAAUAAAGGAAAAGUUAAAGACUUUCCCAAAUCAUAUGAAAAAAGUGAUAUGGUGAAAUUUCUCAAGAAAUUUUCCCCUAAAGAAGAGUUAUAAUAACAGAUGUAUGAUAUAGGACGGAAAAUGUUAAAUUUCUUAAUAUGCGACUUUUAUCAAAUGAGUGCUACUAAAUGUAUUUUUUAAGCUGGAUUUCACAUCAAGUUUCACCAAGACUGGACUUUUUUUAUAUGUUUUAAUGAAAUUAUCGCAAGGAGGGAACUCAGAUAUCUAUAGUUGUAAUUAUUGUGAUAUUAGAAACAAUCAAUUAUUUCCUUUUACUUAAAGUUAUUAAACAUUGGCUUCCAAACAUAACGUCGAUGUCUUGAAUUUUUUCUCAUAAGAUAAUAGAGAAUAAAUGGUUGUCUGCCUUUUAUAAUCAGCAUUGUUCCAGCGACUUGUUACAUUAUUUUUAUUUUGCGCCGUACCAGGAAUCAGUGCAUUAUAUUGAAUGCAAUUGUGCAUUAUAGUGUUUAAUUUGUAUAGCAAUUCAAAUGGGGUGAGCUUUGUAGGAUUAUAUAGGAAAAUAAUCUGUAUAUAUAUUUUUUUUUUUGUAAUUAAUCAGUAUUGUGAAUGUCAAUAAAAAUGAAAACUUUAAUGAGGAAUGUUGACGAAAAACAUACAUAUAUCAAUAAAAUAUAUAAUUUUUUAACCAUUUCUGCACGUUAUUAUUAUUUCCAUAAUUAAUAAAAAUAAUAAGUAUGCUUCUUUUUAUAAAAUUAAAAUAAAAUAUGUCUGGGUUUAAUUCAUGAUAUAAUUUUGCAGAUUUUAGAUUGUAUGCUAUUUGCAUUUUUCUAGAUGAAAAUGUUAAAAAAAUCUUAACACAACUUAAAUCAUCGUUGUAUCUGCUUCUUGUAGAAUUGUAUUUACAUGAAUUAUAUACACUGUAAUAGUGUUUUGGUUGUUUUUACAUGUAUAUUUGUUAUAAUUUAAAUUUGUAUUUAAGUUACUAUCAAGUGCCUUGUUAAAGAAAGUUUACAUCACUAAUAAAUAAGUUUAUAUUACUGA